AGUUUGCUCGUGACUUCGCGCCCGGACGGAUUUUCCUGGUGCGCUUUCCGUGCGCACAGCCGCCGCGGUACAGUGCCAUUCGUGUCGGACCGUGCGUUGGUCCAAGCCCGCAGUGACGGCACUUGUCUCCGUUGCGACCCCUUUUGUGUUUGCCCUUGAUGGUGGCCGGUGUCUGCGGGUAUAGAGUUACCAGUGUGGCGCGAUAAUUGCUCAAAAACCCGGCAGCCCCUCAACUAACCGCGUGAAGGGGGCCAAUACCAGUUGGCGAGCUUUUAAUUAAUGAAGUCAUCUAUCUGGUGGAAAAUCGGGUGUACCCCGAGCCCUAUCACUGCGCCACCGCCAGUCUCGGCGGCUCGAUUGUUGGGGCUACAUCAAAAUUAGCUUGACGAAGGGCGGCGGUGGUACUGCUGCUGCUGCUGCUGCUGCAUAAGAUCAAGUGCGAGAGGAAUUAUUGUAUCUGCAGUUGAGUGUGCGUUUGCAAGGGUUGGGAAUGUGUGUGCGCGUGCGAGCUUUUGUAGUGAUGUCCAAGGUUUCGUCUUGAGCCCGUCGCAACUGUACACAUCGACGAUUGGGCUCUCCGUGAGACUUCCCCCGGUUGGAUACGGUCUGUUAGACGGUCGCCCAAGAGUGAGACGGUUAGUGCGCGACUGAACGAAAUUAUCAUCCCGAUGCUAAUUUACCACGCCAACAGAGAGGGUGUUUUUUAAGAUAGCUAAAAUUGAGUAAGAAAAAAACGGCCACAAAUAUUUCCUCUGGAGCAGGCUCCGCGGCCAGCAGCUGUUAGAUCUACAUCUUUAUUGUUCUCUCCUCCUCCCCCGGAUCGGUGUGUCUGUGGCAUUUGUGAGAGUGUGUUUCCACACGCAAAAAAAAAAGAAAACCCCGGACGCAGACGUGUAAUGAUAUACAUGCGUGCGUGCAGCUGUGGAUAUGUGUGUGAGAUUUGGUGUAUGUGGCUCUGUGCUUAAGCCGUGAUAGUGCCCGUGAUAUCGAGAUUUGUGCUGGCGGAACACAUUUGUCCUUCGGAAGAGCAAAAAGCAAACACGGUCGCAGACUGGUCGACUCGCUUGUUUGCACGAUAUCGUGCGAUCAUGAUCUAAUUUAAGGUUGCAAAUCGUCUGCCGAAGGUAGAGCAGAAGCGGAGAGCACGAUAACCACUUGACAGGGAAACGAAGCUACAAAAAAAAAGGUAAUAGAAACUCUAGGCAAGUGUGUGCUAUUUGCAGGGUUCGGAACACUUUCUGGAGUGCCAGUGCCAACCAUAACGUCCUGGACAGUCGCGAUCCGAUGGAAACCCUGCGCGAACGGGUCUGGUCAGGUAUCUUCGGUGAUUUCGGGUACGGAAGAUUCGGUUCGGAUUCCUUCCGGUGGUUACCGGUGUAACGCGCCCAAAAUAUGACAAUCACAUUCGGCCGCUACUGGCUAGACGGCGUAGACGCACAAACUUUUCGACAGACGGUGGCGGUGGCCGUUCAGCAGGUCGGUGUGUUCGAGAACGAAAUCACGUGAGCAGGAGGUGGUAGUAGCAGGGUUUCUCGAUCAAGCAAGCCUUGUUCGUCUACAGUGGGCUCACCCGCUCCACUCCGUGUGAACGCAACAUACGCAACCCAAUAGCCGCAAGCGUCAAAGUGAACUGUGCAAACAUAUAAAAAAAACGGAGGGAAAACAAAGAGAGAAACCCAAACGUAGCCAAACUUCCGGCAGCUAUUUUGAAAACCGGUACGCACCGCCGCGGUGUCCAUCGCGAAAGGCGAAAAUAAAAUAAUGACAGUUUGGUGGAACCGCGCCCGGGGCCCGUUUUAUCGACCGUGGGUGUGUGUGUGGUUGUGGUGCUCGGUUAGUAUCCUGCUGGCAGGAAGUCAACCGAUCGCGGUGGUGCUGGCGGCCACGCAAGCAAGCCCUAACAGUGUUGCGGUUACGUCGGUCAACAAUGUGAUUGCUGCACGGACCGGCAAACCUGCGGUGUCGGGGCUGGAGGUAGGGCUAGAUGCCGCCUGGGGCAACACAACGACAACAGCAAUGCUGGACGCGAACGGUACCCGCUCUCGGCAGCCGGUACACGAGGAUGCACCUGCGGACGGGCUGGAAUCUGGCACAGUACCGGUGAUUGAACUGAAACGCGGCCAAUGCCGGUGCUGGAACUCGACCGAGGAAGCGGCAGGCGAGGUGCAGUGCCGCUGCCUCGGGCAAUCGAUCGUCCGGGUGCCCCAGAAGCUGACCGGCAUGCAGCGCCUCACGCUGGAAAAGGUUGGGAUCAAGCGGUUGCGCACGAACGCGCUCACCGUGUACGCGGACACGCUGCAGGAUCUGUUUUUCAUCUACUUGCGGGAGUUUCAUCGCAUCGAGCCGGCCGCCUUCGCCCGGCUGCGCCAUCUGCGUACACUGUACAUUGCUCACGCACCGAAGCUAGAGUUUCUGCCCGCCGACGUGUUUGAAGGCAUCUCGACGAGACUGAAAACGCUGCGGAUUAUACACAGUGGACUACUUGCGGUGCCCGACCUGCGCGUUCUCUCCGAUCACAUAAUAAUGCAUAUGGUUGAUUUGGAUGGAAAUCAAAUUCGCGAAAUCCACGAGCGAUCGAUUCAACUGAAGACUGACGAGCUAAUCCUCGAUAAUAAUGCGCUCACCGAGAUUCACGGUUCAGCUUUCCAUGGCUCUGAAAUAGCAAAACUAAGCAUCAAAAUGAACUACAAGCUAAAGGAAAUCCACGAAAAAGCGUUUGUGGGCAUAAGCAACAUAAGAGAGCUCGAUCUCUCUGGUACCGCCAUCGAGGAGUUGCCCACGGAAGGCUUAGCCGAGCUGGAAGUCCUACGCAUUCAGCAUACACACUCGUUGAAAACUAUUCCCUCAGUGUACAACUUUAAGAACUUACGGACCGCCUACCUGACGCAUUCAUUCCACUGCUGCGCGUUCAAGUUUCCUGCCCGGCACGACCCGGACGCACACGAGCGCAACUUGAAAAAGUUCUACGAAGUGCAGCAUCGGUGCAUUGCGAACGGUUACUCUACGCCACACUUUAAGCUGGAGGUACCAUCCAGCGCCGAAACGCCGCUCGUGCUGGAUGCGGAUGGAAAGGAAGGGAGUGGCCCAGACCGGACCGAUCGGAACCGCCGUUCGGCCGAUUUUCGACACUGGUUUCGGUUGACGACGAGCGACGAAACGAACGGACGGUCACCUUGGACUGACACGUUGCAGAAGGGCAUCGAUCUGUCGGACAAGCGGAUGGGUGAGAUAGUUGAUGACAGCUAUCUGCUGCCGAUCACGGGUCAUCCGGUAGACGAUGCGGGCGAACUGGCAAUCGGAGGUGGGCUGUACACGGAAAAUCCGCUGCUCGGCGAGUUUCACGAAACGGUUGCACAGAUUUCGUCGAUGGAAGCGCUCUGUGGUAAUUUGACGCCAAUGAUCCUGGAUGUACAAUGUUACCCGAUGCCAGACGCGCUGAACCCGUGCGAGGACGUGAUGGGAUCGCACUGGCUUCGGGGAUCCGUUUGGGUGGUGGUCCUGCUGGCCGUGUUUGGCAACGUGGCCGUAGUGGUCGUGCUGUUCUCUAACCGUAGCGACCUGACCGUCCCAAAGUUUCUGAUCUGCAAUCUCGCGUUCGCUGAUCUGUGCAUGGGCCUCUACCUGCUGCUGAUUGCCUCGAUCGAUGCACACUCAAUGGGCGAGUACUUCAACUACGCGUUCGAUUGGCAAUACGGCGUCGGGUGCAAGGUGGCCGGCUUUCUCACCGUGUUCGCCAGCCAUCUGUCCAUUUUCACGCUCACGAUCGUUACGCUCGAGCGCUGGUUUGCGAUCACGCACGCGAUCUAUCUAAACAGGCGUAUUAAGCUGUCGGCCGCGAUGUACAUCAUGAUCAUCGGCUGGGUGUACGCGAUCACGAUGGCGUCGAUGCCGCUGUUCGGCAUCAGCAACUACUCGUCCACCUCGAUCUGCCUGCCGAUGGAGGCACGGGACAGCCUGGACAUAGCCUACCUGCUCACGGUGCUGGUGGUGAACGGGUGCGGCUUCGUGGUGAUUGUGGUUUGCUACGCCCAAAUCUAUCUCUCCCUCGGAAAGGAAACGCGCCAGGCAGCACGCUCGGCGCACAGUGGCGAGAUGACGGUGGCCAAAAAGAUGGCGCUGCUGGUGUUUACGAACUUUGCCUGCUGGGCACCGAUUGCGUUCUUUGGUCUGACGGCCAUCGCCGGCUACCCGUUGAUCGGUGUCAGCAAGUCGAAGAUACUGCUGGUGUUUUUCUAUCCCCUGAACUCGUGUGCCAACCCGUACCUAUACGCCAUACUGACCGUCCAGUAUCGGAAGGAUCUGUUUUCGCUGCUUGCAAACUAUGGUCUCUGCACGCAACGGGCGCAACAGUACAAAAUGACCUAUUCGAUGCCCACCAACACAUUCCAGGUUGCACCGGCGCGAGGUUCCGUGAACUACAACAGCAGCAACAACGGAACGAUCACGUCGGCGGCCGGUAUGGCAGCCCUUGCCAGCACCAACACGGACACGAUCACCACCACCGUCACGUGUGGCAGCGUGGUACUGAACUCCAAUGGCAACCACGGCAAUGGGACGGCUACGGGUGACACCAGCGCUAACAGCCCGGCCAACGGGACAAGCGCUGGGCCCGGUGUCGUGGAGGACGAAACGUUUCUUUGAGCCACUGUCCGCAUUCGACAGUGAUCUUGGCUCACCAUUCCCGGUGAUUGGAUGUGCUUGUGCUCUCUCUUUCUUUCACUUUCCUUGCCACUCUCAUUACCUUCACUUUAGUGCUCAACAGUGAUGCACAAAUUCAACGUUCAGCUGGGACAAGUUGAGUUUGGGCAUUCGCGUGCACGGUGGCGCUUCCCCAGCAAAGUAAAGGAGCACCAAAACAUUACAUGUUACAUGUGUCCAGCUGUGUGAUUGUGUAAACAUGUGUUACGAUGUGUAAGCAUGCUCUGCAGCAACAAUGUGUGUUAUACGGAAGUUAGAAACACUUUACAAACGCUUACUAAAAAAAUCCAGCAUAGGAAAGAUAGGACUGAUCAGAGUUUUGGGGAAAUUAUUUUUGUACGAAAGGCUGCUAUCAAAAGACAUGCUCAGCAAACCAGCAACAUGUGAAAUAUUGAGGAAAAUGUACCAUACUAUCGUUGUGAUUCCGGCCGCCAUUCAUGUAACAAAAAAAAAGGGAUACUCAUUAGGAGAAAGAUUCAUUAGUUGUAUGAACUCUGAGCUCCACUGUCAAAAUCUUCAGAUCAUUUCAUAUAGCUUUAAGCUAGUACGUUGAAUGUAACAGUAUUACCCCUACCUUUUAGCUUUUGUACGUUAAGGCUGUAUCUUAUCGAGUUAUAUUUAGCAUUACUUUGAGUUUUAUAGGUAGAUAUGCUAAAAUAAAGAUGAAAUGCUGUCCCAUUCAGUAUAUUGAAUCAACGAUAUUGAUCUGGGUAGACUAA